CUGUGGCACGGUUUGGCACUCGGAAUAGCAUCUACUUUAAAACAUGAAGUUGACUUGCCUCCUGCUGCUGGUGAGCGUUGGCGCCGCCCUGGCCCGCCCGCAGGCGCCGCCCUCCAUUAUCAGAAACGUCCGCUUCGAGCCCGACGACGAUGGCCAUUACGAGUUCGAAAUCGAGACGAGCAACGGCAUCCGGCGCUCCGAAACCGGCAGCCAGACUGGCCCGGAAAGCCAGACCAUCCAAGGAGUCAUCUCCUUCACGCUUCCUGACGGAACUCCGUUCGAGAUGACGUUCGUGGCCGACGAGAGAGGCUUCCGCCCGCAGAGCAACAUGUUACCCGUGGCGCCACCGAUGCCAGCGCACUCCCUCCGUCAGCUGCGCCUCGCUGCCCUUGACUCCGACGAGGACAAGUGAAUGAAGCGACGACCGUCUGCGUGACUCCUGACAACCUUUCUACGCCAGUCUAUUUAUUGACAUGAAAGUCUUCCACUGAAAAACGUUUAAUAUUUCUUUUUACCUGUUACUUUUUAGUGUAUGUCAGUUGUCAUGAAGUCUCCCUCGUCAGUCUAUUUAUUGUCAAUAAAGUGUACUCAUGAA